AUGUCCCUGGCCACAGAGAUCGCCGUGCUCAGCGAGCUGAUCGACGUCCUCAUCUCUCCGGAGUCAUUCAACAUAAGUGCGGAGGACCUGUUCACUCAUCUCAACUCGACCUCGCGACAGACGGCCGGCUCCGACGUCACCAUCCGAACCAUCGAUUUCCACAGCUUUCUAGAGCUUGGGUACAAGCUUACAGAUACAAACAUGACCGUCGAGAGUCUCAUCACUUUGCUGUCAUCCAACGUGUACAUCAAUAACUUGUCCGAGUUCCCGACAAAACGGUCAGACGAGUAUCUGCCAGACCUGAGGUUUGUGAUCAAAAACACCUUUUUAUUAUUCAUUACGUUCUUUAAACGUCUCAGCCAGCCUAAUCCGUCCGUAGCAGGCCUUCUUAUGCUGCUGAACGUGUCAAUCGUCAACAAACUAAUCAAGAUCCUCAAAGCUCUCAACCCGGAUAUCAGGCUCAAGAGUGAAGGCCUAUUGCUCAAACUAAUGCGGUAUCAACGUUGA